AUGAUGAAUUUAACUGCUACUAGUUAUCCAUUUUAUUCAUAUGUUCCAUCACGUAUUAGCGCAAGUAUUUUUGCAAUUAUCGUAUUUAUUUCAUUAAUUUCAUGGUUUAUUCAAUCAUUACAUGUUAAAUGUCGUCCACGUAGUAUAUUUGCAUUUGUACUUAUAUCACAUUUAACAACAUUUAUUGAACUUGUUUUACGUGCUGCACUCGAUGUGAAUAGGUUAAAUACAACAACAUUAUAUAAAGUAACAGCACCAUUAAUAAGUGUACCUCCUCGACUAUUACUCUUUGCUAAUUAUCAUUGUUUAGUUGAAUUACGAGGAAAAAAACCACAUCGUGUAUUUGAUCGGGUCAUUGAUAUCGUUGUACCUAUUGGAGGAAUAACAGUUGAUAUUCUUCUUGCUAUUGCUAAUGAACUUUCAUUUAAAUCGAAUCAUCUUUAUCGUAGUUUUUAUCUUCGACAAGCUUCAGCUGGAUUUCUUCUGUGUCUUACUAUACUUUUCUAUGUUGUUUGGUAUUUUUCAGUAUCUCAUGCUCGCCGUCAAUAUGUUUUACCAUUAUUAUCUGUAUCAAGUAUAUGUGUAUUCAUCGAAGCUAUUUACAUACUAGCAAUGUCAAUACCUUCUCUUUUCUUUCAACUUACUCAAAGUGAAUUAUGGUUUUAUGCAGGUCAUUUAAUACCCAUUGUUCUUGCACUUAUUAGUUGGUCAAUUUUUCAUCCAUCACGAUUAUUACCUCCACCGGAAACAGCUGUUCCUCACAAUGAAGCUGGCGAAGAAUUACUUCCACCACCUCAAACGAUUUAA